CGAAAGGGAAACAAAUCUGAGGGAAGGAGAAUUGGGGCAUGAUGACCAAGAAGUGCCAGGGUGGGCUAUGCAAGCAACAACAGCCUCCAGAAAGGAGAGGGGCCCCUUGUCUAUCAUGUUGGGUCAGGACACAUUUGAUUCUUUGGACAACAGUUUGGCUCUUUCUGGUUUAAACAAUAACAGUGCUGUGGUUGGUUCAGAAGAAUUUGCCUUCUCUUUCAAGGAGGUCUCCUUAGCAGGUCACUCUCCAAAAUCAGCUUGGGCCUUGCCUGAAGUCUGUGUCCAAGCAACAGCCAUCCCAUUAGCUGGAAUGAUGCCUGCAGGGACACAAGCUGUCAUAUAUCACAGCUCUAGACAAUUGGAACCCUCUGGCAUCUAUGACAAAGCGAACACAAUUUUCUGUUGUGAUCAAGGUGGUGCACAACUCACCGUGGGUGUUGGGAAAGAUGAUAUUGAAAAAGAGAACAGGGAAAAUAGUGGAAAAGAGAAAAGUGUAAGAGCUGAUGGUGAACAAAUAACACAACUGUUUACAGAUUUAGCGUUAGCCGUCAACCCCCAUGAUCUCCAUGAUUCUCCGCCUAUGGGCCGUUCUUCUGAUGCUGGAAAGAACCCUGUCCCAUUGCUGAGGACCAUAGCAGCAGCCCAACUGCAAGAAGAUGCUAGCAAGGGAGCCACAGACGGGACAGCCACUUGUGCAGGAAACAAGUCGGUCUUACAUUUCUCCAGUCAGCUGGAUAGAGCGAUAUGUGAAGAAGCUUCAGCACUGGACGGUGAUGGAGAUGAUGAUCUGCCUACUUUUGGUAAGGACUUCCUUGAAGAUGCUCAGAGUUCUACCUCCGAAGUCCCCCCAAACCCAUCUCUAGAAGAAGGUCUCUCCAAUAUAGCCCAAGAGAUGGUAAAGUUAAGUCUUUAUUUGUCUUUUGCUACGUGGGAUUCAGUGCAAGACACUACUGAAAAUUACGUGGGGAAGUUCCACCUACAACUUAAACCACCAGUGAAGAAGUCUGUGUUAUCAGGAAAGGAAGCAACAGCAGAUACACUUUCCAUGGAACAAGAUAUCUUAACCAAUGAGUCACCAUGUUGUCCAGUUGUUGAAGAAGACAGAACAGAAUGUGACUGUGAUGCUGACAGUCUUCCAUCUCCCCAGGCUCUUUUUGCAAUGGCCACUGAUGCAGCUCACCAAACACAAUCUUUGGCCCCAGUUCUCAUAGCUGACUCUGAGCAGACUUUGGCUCCUGAAUCUGCUUCACUUUCCCCCUCUAGGCAUCCUGUAGGCCCCCCACCUGCGGCAAAUUGUAAUGCCCAGCCAAUUCCCCCAGGCCUUUAUCCUGAUCAACUCCUAGAACAGCUGUCCUGUUCCAGCCAGGCUGAUCCCUGUUUAGCCCCCAAACCUUCUGCCCCCCAGGCAGUUGUGGAGUAUUCAGCCAUAACCCCUGAAACCAGAUUACCUGAGCAGUCCCCCACCUCUGAAGGCGACUUGAAUCAGCGUUGCCAGGUUCCACACUCUGUACACGAUUCUCAACCGUCUGCAUCCAUGGCACACAAUGCCAGUUUGCCCAUUACUUCCAAACGUUCUGUGUUUCCUUCACUCUGUGGCAGUGCAGCCUUCCAGCUGACUAACUCCAAGCAGAUCACAGAAUCUAGAGCUGGCAGCAACUUUCUGACACAACUUCCCCUCGUUGCUCUUAGGGGUUCUCCCAGCCCCCGACCAGAUUCCAGGUCCAGGAAGCAUCUAACGGUUGGGGGCAACCCUUUUGCUCAGCACGGGGCUGAGGUUUCAGAAACCAGCCCACUUGUUUCCUGUACAGGAAGUGAGGAACAGGCUCAUGCUAGUCUACAGGUUGGCAGUCUUGCCUGUUGGAACCCGCCCUCUAUUUCUGAAAGGGAUGACCUUGCCCAGAUUUCACCUUUGGACAGUAGAGGGGAAGAGAUCUCUGCUGUUCCAUUGGCCAAGUCAGCAGAGGCGAAUACUCUGCAAGGCCAGAAAGGCCGGGAUAAAACAUGCCAUGAGUUGGGUCUUUAUUUGUCAGACUCACAAGGGGACCUUUUGGGAAAUGGUGCAAUGGUGGCAGAUUCCUUCAGUAGCGUUCCUGAAACAGUGUCCAAGUCUGAAGAUGUUCAUGAUGGAAGGUCUUCUCACCACACCUCUCGUCCCUCAGGGGAUCGUGAGAAACUGUAUGAGUCCAGACGUGUAAGGCAGCCUCCUUCCCUUUUAGCUUUUACCAACCCCAUCCACUUUCUCAAGCUUGGACCUCCAUCGCCCCCAACUGCUCGAUAUCCAGGGGUGCAUCAGGCUGACUUUCAGGGACUGCCAUCGCAGGAGCUACAGGCCAGGCAUGCAGAAGACCCCAUAGCAUCUCCAUCCGAAGGCCCAGGGAGGUUCAAAAAAGUCCUGGAAAAAUCAGUGGGGGAACCCACUCACCUGGCAAUUCACAGGAAAGACGCGGUAGGCAGACACCCCCGUUUGGAGAAAUCCUCCAGCUGUCCAGACAAAAGUGCCAUUGGGUUGGGCACGAAAGAGCCCGUCUUCAGCACAAAGAAGCAGGAGGCUGGAAUCAAGCCCCGAGCCAAAAGCAAAGACUGGCAUCGGCAUGGCGUGCGAAAGAUUUCCCUACCAACUGACAGUGUAACAGAAGUCAUAGCGUCUCUUGCCCACUCCAAGGAGGAAGCCCCCGGAUCCAAAGACAAAGCAGGUCCCUCAGACUUUGUGAAAGAUGGAGAGACGAAAACAACAGAAACGAUAGAAAAUAUCAAACGGCGACAGUCCAGACUAAUCAAUUCAUCACGACUGCUCUACCAGGAGUACAGAGACGACGCCCUGAACAAAGCCAUUCAGAGCCAAAAGCGGGCCGAUUCCCUGUCUGAGGAGGCAGAGCUGGGAUCCCCAAAGCUGCAAAGGAAAGCGCUCUCCCCCCAGGACUCCUACCUGCAACGCCUGUCCGUCUCGUCGGGGUCCUCGCUGUGGCAGGACAUCCCCAUGGUUCGAGGCAGCACCAUGCUGCUGAGCAUGACCCGCGAGGAACAGAAGCUGCAGGAGGCCAAAUUUGAACUAAUUGCAUCAGAAGCGUCUUACCUGCGGAGCCUGAACGUAGCCGUGGACCACUUUCAGCACUCCCAGGAACUUCAAGGGGUUUUAACCACACAGGACAAACAGUGGCUUUUCUCCCGUCUUCAGGACGUGCGUGACGUCAGUGCCAAUUUCCUCUACGAACUGGAAGAGAAGCUCGGGGAGAACAUGUUCACCUUCAACGUCUGCGACGUGGCCCUCAGGAACGCACCAGAAUUCCGCAGGGUUUACCUGCCGUAUGUGACGAACCAGACCUACCAGGAGCAGACCUUUAAGAGGCUGAUGAAUGGGGUUCCUGCUUUCCAACAGGUCUUGGAGAAACUGGAAAGCGACCCGGUGUGCCAGCGCCUCUCCCUCAAAUCCUUCCUCAUUCUCCCGUUUCAGCGCAUCACCCGACUGAAACUCCUUCUCCAGAACAUCCUGAAAAGAAUCCCGCCGGGGGCCGAUGAAGAAGUCCAAGCCACGCAGGCAUAUGAUGCGCUUGAGAAGCUCAUCAAAGAUUGCAAUGCAAAUGUCCAGCGUAUGAAGAGCACCGAAGAAUUAAUUCACUUAAGUCAAAAUAUGGAGUUUGAAUGCAAGAUUUUCCCUCUUAUCUCCCAGUCGCGGCGACUAGUGAAACACGGGGAACUUACAGCUCUGGAGUAUAAUAUAAGCUUGAAGUGGAAACUUACCACCCGACCCAUCUACUUGCACCUCUUCAAUGACUGCCUGCUUCUGUCUCGACCCAGGGAGAAUGGCCGCUUCAUUGUCUUUGACUACGCCGCCGCCUCGGACGUGCGUGGGGAAAAGUGCGAGAUGAAGCUCCACGGUGCAAACAAAAACCUUUUCCGUCUCUUCCUGCUGCAGAACAAUCAGGGGAAGAAAGUGGAGUUCCUCUUCCGCACAGAAACACAGAGUGAGAAACUGCGAUGGAUUUCUGCCCUUAUGCCACAACAGCCAGAACCUGACCUGUUGGAUGAUUCUGACGCCCCUCAGGUUCAGUGCGUGAAGCCCUACAAGGCGCGGGAGAAUGAUGAACUGACCCUGGAGAAAGCCGACAUCGUCAUGGUCUUGCGACAAAGCAGCGAUGGCUGGAUCAAAGGAGUGAAGCUCUCCGAUGCCGAGACAGGCUGGUUCCCUUCCGACCAAGUGGAGUUCAUCUCCAGCAAGCAUGCCCGGCAGAUGAAUCUGAAGGAGGAGCAGCGGGUCAAAAAUGCCAAGCAGCAGGUCUUCCGCAGGAAAUAGC